GCUGGAAAAGAUGAAGAAGCUAAUAGAUGUGAUGGAAAGAUUUCUUACUUGGUCAAGGAAAAUGAAAGCCAAGCCGAGUAAAUGCGUAUCCCUGGGGAUGAAGGUUAUAGAUGGAAGGCAGUGGACGGAUCAGGCCUUAAUGGAGUGAUGAAAUGCUGGAUUUACAACAACCUCCUAACCAGCAAGCUCUCCUGGGACCUGAUGAUCUACAAUCUCCCGGUGUCCAAAGGUUACUCUCUAAAGAACAGCAAGGAUCCUAAAGUUAAGGAGGUCUACGAGCACAGGGCCAAGAAACAAGAAGGGAGCAGUCGGUGGGGUUACACUAAUGAGCUGAGUGCUAGAGAAAGAGAUCUCUACUUCAGAGAGUUAGUAGGGGUAACAGUGCAAGACAGGAUGGGCUUGGGAUCCAAGAGGAGUGUAGCCAGUGAAAAGGAAAAACUGAAAGAACUGGUAUCCCACAUCUCAGAGCAGGAUAUCCUGUUGACACUGGUAGACAAGGGAGUUCAAGGACAAUUCUUAACAUGGGAAAACACCAUGCAGCUAGACCUAGGUUGGAACAACCUUAUUUACAACUACAAGAUGAGCCCUGCUCUUCUUAAGUUCCACAUCAAUGCAACCCAUGACGUUGCAAAUACUCCAGCAAACAUGAGCCUGUGGAACUAUGCUGACACAGGACACUGUCCACUUUGCGGAUGGAGACACUGCAACAUUAAGCACAUUUUGGUAGCUUGCAACUUCUCGCUGAACAACAAACGAUACAAUUGGAGGCAUGACAACGUGCUGCGGGUCAUUGCGAAAUCCCUACUGGAUCAAAUCGAGAAGUUCAACAACAAAGAUUUUAAACUUGAAGUUCAGGACUGGACAGGCUUCAAGUCAUCUAGCAGCUGUUACCAAAAACCGAAGACGAAGAUGAAAAGAGAGAGCCCUUUUGAGAAAGACCAAGAUUGGCAGAUUAUCUGGGACGAAGAUGACCUCCCAGCACAGUUCCCCCAGCACAUCUACGGAACUGCAGAACGUCCCGAUAUUGUAGUCUGGUCUGAUAAAGGAAAGUUGGUCAUAUUAGUAGAGUUGACAGUUGGUGACGAGAGUAACUUUAGUGACCAAGUAGAACGUAAACAAGCACGUUACAACAGAGAGCUUAUUCCUGGGCUGCAUGGCAGUGGGUGGAAAGCUCAGCUUUUUACGGUAGAGGUUGGGUGUAGAGGCUUCUGGCAUCAUACCUUACCAGCCCUACUAAACUACUUUGGUGUUACAAAGAGAGUAAAGAAAGCAGUGUUCCAAGAGGCGGCUUUGGUUGCUCUCAGAUGUUCCUAUGCAAUCUGGUUAGCAAGAGAAAACAAGAAGUGGAGUCCCUGCUACAACAUCGCACAAAGACCCACUGUUCUACCAUCAACUGAGUGA